AUUUACUUACAGCUGCUGGUCGCUCCAAAGUGCGAUAUAUAUGAACUGGAAUAACCCCGAUUGCCUUUUUUCUUUCGUAAUCAUACAGUAAUUGCGUCACCAGAUAACAAAUGCAAGAAACGCUCGGUUUAGUUGUUGUUGUUUUGCACUGAGUUGUCUAUGUGGAAUAAUUUAUUAUCGUUAGCACCUUUGCAAGCGUGAUGUUAGUUAAAACUCCACGAAAACGAUCCAGCAAAAGGAACAGUGCUUCUCCAACUGAAAAGUUGGACGAAAAAGACGACGAUGUGCAUAUUUUGAAACCAAAGCUUCGAAAAACUUCAUUGGCAAAUGGGUCAACACGACCACAGGGUUUAUAUAAGCCUGCGAUAUUUGCUGAUGAUGCAGAAAAUGGACUUUCCGAACCUGAACCAUAUGUUCGAAUAUCUAAAGAAGAAGCAAUGGAAGAAGGCAGUAGACCUGCAAGGGUAUAUGCCGAUGGUAUAUAUGAUAUGUUUCACUCUGGACAUGCAAGAGCACUAAUGCAGGCGAAGAAUUUGUUUCCAAACACCCAUUUAAUUGUUGGAGUGUGCAAUGACGAACUGACUCAUAAGAACAAAGGGCGCACUGUAAUGUCUGAGAGAGAGCGUUACGAAGCUUUAAGACACUGUCGGUACGUUGAUGAAGUGGUUCGUAACGCACCUUGGACUUUGGAUGAGGAUUUUCUUAAAAAGCACAGAAUUGAUUUUGUUGCUCAUGAUGAUAUCCCAUACGCAGCAAGUGGUUCUGAGGACGUAUAUAAACAUAUAAAGGCAGCAGGCAUGUUUUGUGCAACCCAGAGAACUGAAGGUAUCUCAACAUCCGAUGUUAUUACUCGGAUAGUGAAGGAUUACGAUGUUUAUGUGCGACGUAAUUUACAGAGAGGAUAUUCCGCUAAGGAACUUAAUAUUAGUUUCAUAAGGGAGAAAAAGAUCAGUGUUCAAAACACGGUUGAUAAUGUAAAGGACAAACUAAAAGACAUGGGGGAGAGGUACAAAGAGUUGGUUGGAAAACUAGAAGACCAAACGCACGAAUUGCUUGAUAAAUGGAAGGAAAGAUCAAACGAUUUUGUUCGUAACUUUAUAGAGAUGUAUGGAACAAUGAACCAAUACAAGGAACAAAUAAUAGAAGCCAUAUCUCCUGGUCGUCUGAGCCCUACAGCAUCACCACAAAACAGACUUCCAAUUGCUGAUACGGAGUAUGAAAGCCCUAGGUCACCAGCAUUCUUGGUAAACGAAGCGGCCGGGAACCUGCACGCAUUCAAUAAUGAAGAAUAAAACCUGCCUUCUGUUUCCAAAGAUCCCUUUCCGAAAUUUCUCUUGUCGGCAUACCUAUUUGCCAACUGCAAUUGAACUAGGCGACUUCUAAUUCUGCAGUAUGUAGUUUUGAAUGGUAAUUUGAUUCUUUCAUACCGUACUGCGUCGUGUUUUAACGGUGCAGUACGUUUUUCCAUACUUCCGGACCGCUCAAGAGUGAUGACCAGCAAACUACAAUUCCCGUUACUUGCAUGGCGCUGGAUGCCGUGUCGGAAACACUGUUUCAUUUUUUACCAGUGUUAAUCUAAUUUCGUAUCAUAAAUGAAAUAUGUAGUACAAUGUGUAUUCCGUCGUAUAUACUGUUCUCUUUAAGGCGAAAGAUAUUCUUUCUUCCAUAAACUUGCUUCUCGUUAUAAUCCUACCUUUUUCUAUCGCUUUUUCCUGGCGUUUGCUAUUUUAACCGCCGGUCAAAGUCCAGCAAUCUUCUAAUUCUAAGUUGCUGAUGUAGGCGACCUUUGAGCGGAUAGGAGCUGCCACUGUGCCCGUUUCUGGACAAGAGCUGUAAAUUCUGGUUCCAAAUGCGUGGUAACCUAUAACUGUGGCGCGGGAACGGACUAAACAGAGAAAUAUUUCGUGUUUUCUUGUUAGAAAUGCAAUAAAUAUAUUCUAUACAUAUAAAAA